GUAAACUUGUAAAAACCACUUUCUUGUUAAAAUACUUUAUAUUUUCUAUAGAAAUUAUUUCACUCUUUAUCGAGUUUUGUAUCAGACAAAAAGCAAAAUGGUUGCAGGAAGUGGCAUGGGAAACUCAGUUCACCUAAAAGAAGGUUCUCCCGAGCCAGCGCCAGUAGCGAAAGGCGUACUGCGAGUUUACGGAAUGAAAUUUUGUCCGUAUGUUCACCGACUUAAAUUGGUUCUUGCUGCAAAGGAAGUUGCGCACGAAACUAUCAACAUCAAUCUAAAAAGCAAACCAAAGUGGUAUUUUGCAAAGAACCCACAGGGAAAAGUUCCCACUAUUGAGAUAGACGGUAACGUGAUCUGUGAAUCGGAUAUCACCUCAGAAUACGUCGAUGCGGUUUACCCCGGAAGAAAGCUGACAACUACAGACGCAUUAAAAGCUACAAACGAGAAAAUGCUUCUUGUAUAUUGGGGUAAUAAGUGCGUUACCAAUUUCUACAAAUACUGCAUGGCCAAACCUGACGAUAAGGAAGCGAAAGAUGCCGCCUUAGCCACGCUGAAAGAAGGGCUGGAGUACUUGGCCACAUUCUUGAAAAAGAAUGGUUCAGUUUUCAUCUGUGGUUCUCAACCUGGAUUGACCGAUUACUUUCUUUAUACCCACCUGGAACGCAUCAACGCUAUUGUUCCUGUCGAUUUAAAACAAAUACCAAAGGUGAAAACGUACUUUGAUCAAAUGCAAGAAGACAAAGCUGUAAAAUCGUGUCGUUUCUCGGACGAGCUGCACCGCGAGUUCGGUCGAAAAGCUGUGGCAGGAGACAUCGGAGCUUACGAUAUUGGGCCUGUAGCUCAAUAGCUAUGUUCGCCCUGCUGUUUGGUGUAACUUUUUUAAAAUAAUUUAAA